AUGAACAAAACCCAGGAGGACUCCAUAGACGUACAGGUACACGAAACAGAAUCGGUGUAUGUUGUGCACUACAAUGAGGGGUAUGUUGCGCACUACAACGCCACUUACCAUGUGGUGAACGGCACGACGAUAGGCUGGAUCCUGUGUUUCGGCUCCUUCCUCAUCAUCUCCACCAACCUGCUGGUGGCCGUGGCCCUGGUGCUGCUGAUCCGCAAGCAGGGCUGCCGCAGCUGGUGCUUCGUGCUCAACCUGGCCCUGGCCGACAUCCUGGUGGGCCUGGCCAUCACCAUCAUCGCCGACGACGGCAUCCACCCGCGCACGACGCCCAUGCGCAAGACCGACUGCCUGCUGCGCAUGGCCUUCGUCACGUGCCCCUCGGCCGCCUCCAUCCUCACCAUGUUCCUCAUCUCGCUGGACCGCUACGUGGCCAUCAAGCUGCCCCUGCGCUACGCCCGCGUCUCGGGUCGGUGGGCCACCGUCGGAUCCCUGGUGCUCGUCUGGAUGCUCUCCCUCGUGGUGGGCUUCCUGCCCUGCCUGGUGCGGGCCAUGCAGUGGGAGGACUACCAGGGCACGUGCACCUUCUUCUCGGUCAUCGAGCCGCGCAGCAUCAUCCUGAUCUUCUGCGGGUGCUUCUUCCCCGUGCUGGGCGUCUUCCUCUACUUCUACCUGGACAUCCUGGUCAUCGCCUGCGGGCACCAGCGCCAGAUCCGGCUGGCGCGCAAGGCCGGCACGCGCCACUGCCAGCCCAGCCGCUACUGGGGUCACGUCAAGGCCCUGCGCACCGUGGCGCUGCUGGUGGGCUGCUUCACGCUCUGCUGGUGCCCGUUCUUCACCGUCAGCGUGGUGCAAGUGCUGUGCACCGACUGCGAGCUCUACAGCUUCUUGGAGAACCAGCUGUGGCUCAUGGGGCUCUCCAACUCCCUGAUCAACCCCUUAGUCUACGCCUGCUGGCAGAGGGAGGUCAGGCAGCAGAUUUGCAUCAUGUUUGCCCACCUCAAGUGCAGCGGUGGCGGCUGCUGCUGCUGCUGCUCGGCGGCAGCUGGUGUGAACUCCAGCGGUGGUAGGUGCUACUCGGAGAGAGCCACCGUGCCCUCUCAGGUGUUGUCCUCGUCCAGGGAGAACGUCAACGUCCCUUUGACUUCUGUCAGUGUUCUGAAGCCCAGUGCUGAUAUGGUGCCCUCUUCCCAGGUGUUGUCCCAGUCCAGGGACAACGUCAGCGUCCCUUUGACUUCUCUCAGUGUACUGAAGCCCACUGCUGUUGCUGUUGCUGCUGUUGCGGUGCCUUUGACCAAGUCAGUCAUCUCUGAUGCUUGUUGAGGAGCUGUUUGACAUUCAGAGUCUAUUGCACUGUCCCGAUGAACCAUACUAAAACAAUUUUUCUGUUUCAA